AUGCAGAACCAUCAACUAGACGAGUUUGUAGCUACGUUGCAGUCUUUCAAAGACUUGAAAUCUGGUAUUUCAGGUUCCCGUAUUAAGAAACUAACAUCCUAUGCUCUUGACCAUGUGGACCAGGAGCCACAACUUAUGCAAUUGGUCAUCGACUACUCGCGCGAAACGCUUGCAACCCACAAACUUGGCUCCUUGUACAUUAUAGAUUCGAUCGGUAGAGCAUAUCUCGAGCAGGCUCGCGCACAAGACGACUACAUCAAGCCUAACGCCAAAGAAGGCUCUUGUGCCCACGGUGUGUAUCUUCUUGGAGAAGCCAUCCAGGAGCUUUUGGGCGACGCUAUUGGCAACAGUAACGAGGAUCAUAAGGAAAAAAUAAGGACACUUAUCGACAUUUGGGACCGCAGUGGUCUUUUCCAGAAGGGGUAUUUGAACGCAGUAAGAGCAAAAUGGUUUUCACCUCUUGGCAGCAAUGCUGUUGUCGCCACUGAUAUCGUAAUUGCGCAGCCAAAUAAUUCUUUUGUCUUGUCAAAGGACCCUGCCGAAAGAUGUAUUGACAUUUUGAGCAACCUACAGCCUUUAGCCAAUGUUCCUAGGGUCGCUGUUCCAGCAGAACUUCAAUCUGAAGAUUCAACAUCACAGCAGGCGGCUCUGUUCCAAUUCUUGGUCAAUCUUCAGCAAAUCGGAAUUUCUGAACCGGCACAACCGUCACCAGCCGGUUUCGCGCUGCCGCCUCAACCAAUCUCAAGACCAACUAACCAAAUGAACAGAAAUGAUCAGCAGAUUCCAAGCUUCAGAGAAGACAGACGUGAUCGCUAUAACAACUCUACAAGAAGAACCAGAUCUCGUAGUCCUCCACGGAGAGAAAACUAUCGGAGCUCCGAGGGUCCUAACGCGUCCAACAAUCAUCACCUGUACCCGGGCGAAGAAAACAUACCCAGUAGUCACCACUUCAGACCCAAGCCUGUAUCAGUAGACCACACUGUCCCACCGGACCACAUUAAGGUUUUCAGUCGUACCUUGUUCGUAGGAGGGGUUCCCCCUUCUAUGAAAGAAUACGACAUAGCCCAUGUUUUGAAGCCGUAUGGGGAAGUGCAGAGUGUUAUCUUGAACAGCUCUCGAAAGCAUGCAUUUGUGAAGGUCUACUCCAGACAGGAAGCAGAAAACAUUCUAAACAAUUUCAAUAAGGAUGGAUCGUCACCACUCAGGACCAGAUGGGGUGUUGGUUUCGGACCGAGAGAUUGUUGCGACUACCAGCACGGUUACAGUGUCAUUCCGCUUCACAGACUAACCGACGCCGACAAAAAAUGGACAACGCAUGCGGAAUGGGGUGGUACGGCUGGCCAGCCCUUACAACAAGGCUUAGCUUUUGAAGAGCCUGAUAUAGUCGUUGGAGAGGGGGUCUCGUCCAAAGCAAUUUCUCAAAAAAUGCCUACCGAUAGUGGUAGAAACGGGCCCAAGUCUGGGAAACCGGUUGGUAGAGGUUCUGCUUACCGCAACUCUCCAAACCAGAACCAAUUCUACGGCCAGAUGGCCCCAGUGCCAUUGCAGGCCCAAGUGCCUGUUCAGGCUCAAUACCCACCUGCAGGUUAUGGUGCGUCUCCACCAAUGCAAUCUUACGGCAUGCCAGCGUCGAUGCCCCCACAAGCACCUCCGGCAAUGUAUGGCGGCCAACAAGCUCCUCCAGCUCCACAAUCCCAAUUUGACCCCACAGCACAGCUAAACUCGCUGAUGAGCAUGUUGAACCAACAAAAAUAA